AGGGCACGUGCGCGUCCGCGUUUGUUUACCUCCGGCAUCGCGCUUCGGAGCAUCGAUUUUGGCUUUUUUUCGCAAUCUGUUGAAUUUAUAAAACCUUUUUGCCGCGUUAAUUUUGCUGACUUCAUCUGCAAAAAAGUUGCCACAAUAUGGACGAAACCGUGUGCUACAUCAAGAAAGAGUUCGUGGUUCCACGUGAAAGCACCGUACCCGAACCGGCAGCGCCACCCACGUCCGGUGGCCAGGAUUACGAUCCUCCGCCGGGUAAGCCCGAGGGUGGUGACGACGAACCGUCCGCCAAGAAGGGUCGCUUCGAAAACGGCGGCGACGGCAAAAGCAAGCAGCAAAAAAAGCGCAACCGUGGCCAGAACAAGAACCGCGCGCUUCCGUUCAAGGAACAGGACGACGUCCGGCUGUGCAAGACGCUGCUCGAUGGAAACGCCGAGCUGGGCAAGUGCAGCAAAGAGCGGUGCCGGUUCUCGCACGAUUUGGAAAAGUUUGUCCAGCUGAAGCCGAAGGACAUCGGUGAGACGUGCUACAUUUACUCGCUGAAGGGUUACUGCAACUUUGGCGUUACGUGCCGCUUUGCCGGGGCGCAUCUGGACGAGAACUUGAACAACAAGAUUGCGGAGGGUAUUUCGCGCGAGGACAAGAACCUGGUCAGCAUGUGUUUGGGCUUUGAGCUGCAGAAUACGCUGAGGAAAAAGAAGUACGACUUUAAGAAGUCAAACCAGUACGUGAGCAAGUUUGAGCAGCUGCAGAAGGAAGCGAAGGAGAAGGCGGAAGGGCAGGAGGCACGGAUUGGAGCGUGCAGCGAUGAGGACGUUAUUAAGCUGCAAAGUGCGGAGCGCAAAAAGAUCAACUUUCAGGACAAGUUGUACUUGAGUCCGCUGACGACGGUGGGGAAUUUGCCGUUCCGGAGGAUCUGCAAGGAAUACGGUGUGGACAUUACGUGCGGCGAGAUGGCCUGUUCGGUUCCGAUCAUCAACGGAAUGAUGCAGGAGUGGGCGUUGACGAAGCGACAUCCGUCGGAGGAUUUGUUCGGGGUUCAAAUCUGCGGCUACAGCGGAAAGCUAGCAGCGUACGCCAGUCAGCUGAUUGCGGAAAACGCCGACGUGGACUUUGUCGACAUAAAUUUGGGCUGCCCGAUCGAGCUGAUUUUCAACCAGGGCGGCGGAAGUGCCCUACUGCGGCGCGAGAAGGUUUUGGAAGUGUUGGUUCAGAGCUGCUCGCGAUUAUUGGCCGAUUACGGGAAAGAGUUUACGGUCAAAACGAGGACCGGCGUGUACGCCGGGAAGAACGUGGCCCAUGAGUUGGUGCCAAAGUUUGAAGAGUGGGGCGCCAGUUUGGUGACGAUCCACGGAAGAACCAAAGAACAACGCUACACCAAGCGAGCCGACUGGAACUACAUCCGGCAGUGCGCCCAGACUGUGAAGAGCGUUCCCAUCUACGGCAAUGGAGACAUCUUCAGCUACGAGGACUACGCGGAGGCGAAGAAAUGUGCACCGGAACUGGCCGGUGUCAUGAUUGGGCGAGGGGCGCUGGUCAAGCCGUGGAUCUUCCAAGAGAUCAAGGAGCAAAAAGCGCUCGAUCCAUCCAGCAGCGAACGGAUGGAGAUGCUGAAGCGGUACGUGAACUACGGACUGGAACACUGGGGAAGUGAUACGAAGGGGGUGGAGAACACGCGACGGUUCUUGCUGGAGUGGCAAUCGUUUCUGCAUCGCUAUGUGCCGUACGGCUUGCUGGAGCGACCCCCGCAGAGAAUCAACCAGCGUCCGGAACCGUUCCGCGGCCGGGACGACCUGGAAACGCUGAUGGCGUCGCCCAACUCCUCGGACUGGGUCAAGCUGAGCGAAAUGCUGCUCGGUCCCGUGCCGGACGGAUUCAACUUUGUGCCAAAGCACAAGGCAAACUCUUACUAGGUUUUUGAUUUGUUUACUUUUGUUGAAUAAUGGAUGUGAUAAAGCGAUUUGAGAAAUAUACGCUGCAAACUAAGAAAAA